UAUCACCUCCAAGGACAGAUCUGGAAAAAGGACUUCCUGCUGCCUCACCAGGUUCCCCUCUCUGCCAUUGGGUCAAUCAUGGCUUAAAGCAUAUUUUAAAGAGGAAAAAUUAAUUACCAGGGACAUCUGUCUUCAAAAAGGACUUUCAAAACUAGCUAAUAUAAGUUUCAGGGCACCUUUCAAAGCAUAAUUCUGAUCCCUGCUGAGAAAUCUCAAACUGUGUAGGCCUUAGAACCUCAAGACUGUCAUUAAAUCCACACAAUGUGAUUUUCCACAUGAGAUUCUCUAUCCUUCUAUAGGUAUGGAUUGCAAAACCUGGGGUUUUUUUUCUUUUUCAACUCCCUAAGAUUUAUUCAAUUUUUGUGAGAAAUUUGGUGCAUUUUGCUUAUUUUAAAUCUAAGCCAUUAUUGGUGCUAAUUGUCAUCAGUUGCCUUAGAAAGUGAUUUAAUUGCUAGGAAAACCUGCCACCAUUUUGCCAAAGUGUAAACAGGCACUUGGGCUCUUCUAGAAUAAACAAUUGGAGCACCCUGAAAAACUUUGGAUGUAACUAGAUUUUAGCUCCUGGUUGGCAAAACCAACAGAGGUUUGUGUAAGGUAGAAUCCCUCCAGGGAGUGAACUUAUCUGAAGGCUUACAUUUUGUGUUUAAGUUUUCUUUUAUUUUGAGCUUUGUCUUGUUGCCUUCAAGGAAGACACCAGCAAUGUCAACUUCCCUAGUAUUGUAUAAUUAACAUAGUAUAGAAAAUCAGCAGAAGGAAAUCCUUAGAGGAUGUAAAGAACUGUCUGGAGUCCAUGAAAUUGGAUAAGAUAUAUAAAUCACAAUUCAAGUUUGUUAUAGUAGCUAGAUAAAUACCUUUCUUAUUUUAUUUUAGCAUGUGCCAUUGCUCUAGACUUUGAUGGGAGCCUAAUGGAGGAAGCACAAAGAAUAAUAAAGAAAAUGGUGCUUCAUAACCUCUGCUGUUUAUCCUAAUUACAAUGUUCUUACAGUAAUAUUCUAAUGAUUAUACUCUAUAUGGUACUUUAUCAGAUGAAACCUGACAGGGGAAGCUGCUCUCUGUGGGAAAUCUUUUCUGAAGCUUAAAAAAAAGGUAAAUAAUUGAGGUGAAUAGCAGAAUUCAUGCUGGAUUUGAUUUUUCUCAUUACUCAAAUCUGUCAACCAAAUGGUUUUUCCCAAGGAUUCUUUUUUUGACUGGUAGAACUGGGACAAAUUAGGGCCACUUGACUUUAGUACGUGGCUUAUGUACUAUAAAAGUUUGUCAGGUCAUGUUUGUGGUAGUUUAAUUUUGGGCCUUUUUCAAUAAAAGGCAAUACAUGGGGUAUGAUUGCCUCACAUUUGACACUCAUACUGAAAACAAGGACAACCACUGUGGUGCAGCCUGUCAGAGCUUUAUCUUAUGAUGUUUCUAUCUGUUACUGCUGUUCUGCUCAGAGAGGGCAGCAAAGGAUUGCAGAUCUUUUAGAAUGCAAAAGGAGCUCAGCUCUGAGAUGUAAUACUGAGGAGAAAUGUAUCUUUUUAAUAUACAAAGUCUGAAAGGAGAAAUAGGGGAGGCAUUCACAUCAUUGCUGCUCAAACAUACUUGAGCUUUUUGUCCUUUAAGGUGUGGGUGAAUGCAACUAGUAGAGAUUCUAAUAAGAGAAGCACUUAAUCAUUUUGAGCUUAGGCAUUACCUGAUAUGUGUGAAGAGUCCCAUCAGAAACACAAUAAGCUGCUGAGGAUUCAUUCUCAACUGGAAUAUUGUAUGACUCAUUUGGCAUGAAGAUAAAUGCUGUGCAUUUAGACAGAUAAUGAACAAAACACUGAAAUUAAUUUGUAACACAGUGAGAUUAAUGCCUGUUGUGAUAUUAGGUAUUUUCAUUAUACUUCAAGACUUUCAGACUGUUAUAAGUUUGUUUGUUUUUUUUUUUCAAUAUGCACAGAUAUAAUCAGGUGCUAUAUGACAUGAUUCAGACACUAUCCCUUUUGCCUGAGGACAGGAGUGCAUUUCCCAGGUAGCCCCUCAGAAUAUGCAAAUGGAGAAAUUUAUUAAAUUACUCUGAUUUGUCACCUAUCUGUGGACUUAGCAAUGAUUCUUUUUCAUCCUGUCAAUGCCUUGGCUUUCACUGCUAAGUGUAAGAAGUUCAGUUAGUACAGAAAAACCUGAAAAGACAAUUUAUUCCUGCCCAAAGUUCAGUGCAGUGCUCCUGCAGCCAGUGUCUUACCAGCUAGAGAUGGUGCCAAAGGUGCAAAGGGUGAACAGGUACAGAGGCAUGACCAUUUAGCAACACUAUAAUUUUGACACUCCUUAUCAUCCUUUAGUCUUGUUUCAUGCCUCCUUCAAUCUUUCCUUUUGUCUUUUUACGUCUCUCCUUUUCUUCUGCCCCACUAGCCUUUUGUAGGUUCUGCACAAUUUCAGGAUGCUGAACAUACUUUCUGCAUUAAUAAUGCUACUCUAGAUACUUGGCUUUUAAUAAAUAAAAAAAUAAUAUUGUACAUUUUCACAGCAGCCCAUAAAAUAGAGAUGUAAUGAGAUUUUAAUCUGAUUGUACCAUUUGUACUCUGAAUCACCUCCUAUUAUCUCCUACUAAAUUAUUACUGCUCGUUCUUUCCAGGGGCAGCUCUCAAAACCAGAAAUCAUGCCUGCUAGAGUUGCCUCCUAAUCUGAUGGUCAUAACUUGAUUGCUUCAUGCUCUCUGCCCCAACAGCAGAAUUCCCCCAAGGUGUGAUUUGUCAGGUAACUUUUUUCAUGCACUGCAAACAGCAAAUGGAUCCGAAAUGCUUUGUCAUGUGGCAGAACCAAGUCACGCUCUCUCCCAAAUCAGUUUAUGCACAAACUCUUAAUAAGUACAUAUGAAAUUAUAUAUUUCUUACCAUGUCAUAUCUGUGUUAUCAUGUGUAAACCACCCACCUUGGAAUGAGGUGCUUGCUUUCCAUCCACAAAGGAAAGUCUCAACAUUAUCUCUUUAUAUGAACUGUGACAGAAAAUUUCAGUGGCAUAACUGAUAUUCUAUAUAGACAUCUUCUGGUCCACAAAGUCCUCUGUGUGCCCUCUGCAAUUCCAUGGUUGAAAUAAGAAAAGUAUCUUUCAACAAACUACUCCAGAGAGGAAUCCUUAAUAACGUUGUGAUUUAUCUCAUUUUCUAGAUCAUAUACUGUGAUAUGUGAUUGGAUUACAGCUGAAGAAAAUUGGCUUUCUGGUUUAAGAGAAUGUAUACGUUUGGAACAGCAUGAGGACACUUAUUUCAGUGGAUUUUCAACACCAUAUGUAGGGGUAGUAAAGGCUUUUUUAUCAAAGUAAUGCAAAUGAAUAUGGGAAUAAUUCAAUUUUCAUGAGAUGUUUUUAUUUUCUUGGGGGUUGGCAAGUGUAAGAGCAAGGGAGAAGUAGUCAGUGUUUGGUGCUCUCUUAAAUCACUAAGAAAGCAUAGUGGGAGAAAAAAUCAGGAAGCAUUUGAACAAUUUUUUAACUUAAAUUCUAGAAGAAUUGAGAGACCUAUAGAGUUUUUCUGGAAAAGUGAGACCUUCAGGAAAAAAGGGAACUUUAGAAUCACAAGGAGAGAGAGGAAUAAAAGUAGAAUAUAGAAGUAAGAAAUAAAUUUCUCAUGUUUCUAUAGUCUGGUUUUCAAACUUCUAGUAUAUUCUCAAAAAAAUAUUUGUGUUCGUGUCUGGUAUUCCUAUAGCACCACUUCAGGAAAGGUGUGACUUCCAGAAGUGUGAGAAGCAGAAAAAGAAACCAUCUGUUACAUAGGAGAUGAGUUGCCCAACAGAACUGGAGGAAGUGUCUGGAAUGAGUCACUAGCUUGUUGUUUUCUGUGGGUGAAAUACCAAGCCCUCUAUCUCAUGUUAUAAACAGCACCUUUUCUUCUCUCAUUCUUUGCCUUUCAUGUGUUUUUUGCUCCAACUUUAAUUAAUUUUAAAAUGUUCACGUGUGUGUUUUGCCUUGGAGAACUGGGCUUUUCCAUCUGAACAGAAGAUGACUCUGGCAGCUCUGAGAAGUCAAAGCCUAUCCAGGUGUUCAUUCUGGUCAGGGAUAAGGCACUCCCAGUUGGACAAAUUCCCUGACAAAUCUGCAGUGUGGCCUGCGAUUUCUGCUCUGGAAACCAAAUAUCUCUUUCACGUGGCAUCAGAUUACAGGAGAGCUGAGCAUAUUGGAGACAGGUGUUGUGCAGUCAUUUUAGUAUAAAUUAUUUAAUAACAGCUUUAAGUCCCACUUAUAGUAACUGAUGACUUGCAGAGACAGCUGCCUUGGAAACAAAAGCAUGGGUUUUGGAGACUGAAUCAAAUAGGCACAAAAAAGCCAAGGUAAAGAGAUCACUGUGCUUCAUUCAAAUGGGAUCUAUACAAACCACAAACUGGUUUCCAGCUGGUGGCACAGUUUGUCCCUCAGAGCUGAGCCUGUGUGUGCAUCCUGCAAGGAACUUCUGGCGCAUUUGCAGUGGGAGGAAGACUCUGUACAACUGGAACCUUCCAAGAAUAUUUCUGCACUGAAACCUUUGCAAUAUCUGCACCUUACGUAGUUUCAAGUCAGCUGAGAUGUAUCAAUCAAAGCUCAUAACAGCAAUAACAGCCACAAUAAGUGGUUUGCUGAGAAUUCAUUAUUGGUUGUGUCCCUUCAGUAAAAUACAAAGCAGCUUCAUUUCACUGUGAUCAUCAGAUCUUAACAGUAGCUUGAGAGAAAUAGCUUCUAUUGGUGGUGUAAAAGGACUAAUUCUGCAUUCAGAGCUCUGCUGCCCAUCUGGUAGAUGAAGGACUUGGAAGAUAGAUUGUCCAGACCAUAUAUUUCCGGCCUGAGAAAUCAUGUUGUCCUACUCAUCCUACAUCCUCAUAGCACUGGCUUCUUUGUUAGUGACUUGCCAUGCAUUGAGCAAAUGUCAGGAAAUUUCUGGGCUACCUGGUGUCCCUGGAAGGGAUGGUAGGAAAGGUCUGCCUGAUUCUCUGGCCAGCAACCACAGUGCAUUAGCAAGUUUGAAACACCGACUUUUCCAACUUGAGGCUGUGCUUUCUUUGAAUGGGAAAAUAAGAAAAGUAGGAGAGAAAAUACUUGCUAGCAACGGGAAGAAAGCUGACUUUGCAUCUGCACUACAAUCCUGUGAAGAGGCUGGAGGAACUCUUGCAGCUCCCAGGAAUGAGGAGGAGAAUAAAGCUAUUAUGGACAUUGUGAAACAGUAUAACCAAUAUGCUUACUUGGGCAUUAGAAAGGAGGAGACUUCAGGUCAGGUUAGGUCUGUAAAUGGCCUGCCUCUGAGUUAUAGCAACUGGCACCAGCACGAGCCUAAUGGCAAAGGGGAUGAGAAAUGUGUGGAGAUGUACACUGAUGGCACCUGGAAUGACAAAAAAUGCAAUAUGUACCGUCUCACAAUCUGUGAAUUCUAAAGAAUGGCCUUUCAGCCACCUCAGAGCAUGGAGAUAAUGAAGUAUCUGUCUUUCGGGUUGAUUAAAUUUCUGCAAUUUCUCUGUAUCCUAAAAUAUAAGAUGAAUCAUAUUGUGAUAUUUUUUAGCCUUAGGAAAAUGCCAAAUGUACUAGGUGAGUAACAUGAUUAAAAUGUGCCUGAACUGA